AUGACGAUGAAUAUGACGCUCGUUCGUCAGGCUGCAUGGAACGCGCAAGUCGCUCAGAGCGAGUGCACCGAUAAGAUCUUUGUACAAAAUCUUGCAGUCACCGUCAAUGCCGGUACAGAUGUCUGGGGCCGCAAGAAGAAGCAACGAGCACUCAUCAGCGUCACCGUAACACUCGGUACCAACUUUAACUCGGCUUCCUCUACAGACACGGUCGACGAGAGCACUGUCCAUUACGGUACUCUCAGCAAGGCCAUCCAAGCGCGCAUUCAGGAUGACAGUCUGGACUGGAUGAGUACGGCAGACUUGUCGAUAUCCAUCGCUGGCAUCGUACGCACAGCUGCAGGCUCAGCACCCAUCUAUGCUAUAGAGACAGAUGUGCGCUAUCUAAAAGGCAGCAUGUUUGGUGAAGGAGCUUGCCAUCAGACCUCUAUCAUUACACAGUCAGGUACCUACUCGAACGUACUCUACCUGCAGAACGUUCGCAUACCGUGCUUGAUCGGCGUGAACUCCAACGAACGACUGCAAAAGCAGCCGGUCGUUGUCAACCUACGAGUCGAUUGUAUCCCUGCAUCACGUGUGGAUGACUAUGCAGCACUGGAGACCGCACUGGUUCAGAUUGUCUCAGCGACGGCUUACGAGACACUCGAGAGCCUCUUAGCGUUUGUCGUGCAAGAGCUCAGAGCGACCUUCUUCAUCAGGGAGGAAGACCAGGGCGCAUACAUUUGUCUGAGGAUGGAGAAGCCGAUGGCUGUGCCAUUUGCAGACGCUCCAGCUGUCGAAAUAACACGACCAGUGAGAUCAGCAUGA